GUAUAAUAAAAUAACAAAUAUAUGGUAAUCUAUUUAUUUUAUUCCUUAGUCUGGAAUAGCCAAGAGUGCAAAGGGUGGAAAAGGUGGAAAAGGAGGAAAAGGAGGAAAGUUUGGAUCCGCUAAGAAUAAGAAAGCACCUCAAUCUAGGUCCUUGAAGGCUGGACUUUAAGUACGUAUUUUUGAAAAUUUAGUUCCCUGUUGGUCGUAUUCAUCGAUAUCUAAAGCAAAGAGUAUCUGCCAAAAACAGAGUAGGAACUACAUCAGCAGUUUACACUUCAGCAAUUUUGGAAUAUUUAACAGCUGAAGUGCUUGAGUUAGCAGGAAAUGCAUCAAAAGACUUUAAAGGUUUGAAAAUAUCUAAAUAUUAUUUUAGUCAGAAGAAUAACUCCAAGACAUUUAUAAUUAGCCAUUAGGGGUGACGAGGAACUCGAUAUUCUCAUCAGAGCAACAAUAGCUGGUGGUGGUGUCAUUCCUCAUAUUCACAAAGCCUUAUUCGGAAAGUAAACACCAGAAGCUGGUUAACCUAAAGAAUGA